AUGAAGAUGGACAGGAAAAUAUAUAUUGGAAAUCUUCCUCCAGAUGUUCGAUCCAAGGAUUUGGAUUCGGUUUUUUCAAAGUACGGGCGUAUUUCGGAUAUUGACCUGAAGAGGCGUCGUGGACCUCCCUUUGCUUUUAUCGAAUUCGAAGACGAAAGGGAUGCAGAAGAUGCUGUACGUGACUGCGAUGGUUAUAAACUAAACGGCUAUGCUCUUCGCGUGGAAUUUCCCCGCGCAUCAAAUAAUGGCUUCCGCAGAGGUGGGGCAGCUCCUGGCUUUAGUCGAGGCAGUGGUCCGUCACGUCGAUCUGAUUAUCGCGUCCUCGUAACUAAUCUUCCACCAUCUGGAAGUUGGCAAGAUUUGAAAGACCAUAUGCGUGAAGCCGGUGAUGUUGGUUUUGCUGAUGUUUUCAAGGAUGGCUCUGGUGUUGUCGAAUUCCUUCGAUAUGAAGAUAUGAAGUAUGCCCUAAAGAAGCUGGAUGAUUCAAAGUUCCGUUCUCACGAAGGAGAAACAUCUUAUAUCCGUGUCCGUGAGGAACGUCAAUACUCUCGCUCGAAGUCGAGGUCGAGGUCAUAUUCAUCACCAAGAGACAGAGACCGACGUUAUUCUAACAGUCGUUCUCGUUCUAGGUCUUCAAGUGGACGCCGCUAG